AGCCGCAAUCCCCUUGGUGGUUCAGUGUAAUUUAGAUUUAUGCGCCCCGCGGAUGUCUUCACCCCUCUCGUGCACAGUGAGAAAAGAGGUGGCCAUACAAUACGAGUGCGUCAUGUGCAUAGGUGUGAAGGUUGCCGCGGGCGAGCAGCUGAAGCUGCAACAUCAACGUUGCUGCAUAAAAGGCUAAUGCCCCGGGAAAAGUGGAGGCCGAGCUGCCAUCGAAGUGCCCUGGGUGGCUUGGUGGCUUAGAGGUGCAACAGCUUGGCAGGUGCAACUGCAUUACCAUGCGACAAUCUGUUCCCAUUUCCCAACAGUGGCGAAUAUUUUUAUGGCCAGCCGG